AUGGGAGUGAACAAUGGAUCGGCUCUGCUGGAAGAACAGAAAACAGCAACAACAGACAAAAAAACAAUAUCGCAGUUAUUUAAGAUAAUCUGCAAAGCUCGCUGCGAGGGGGCGGCUGAAGUUUCAGGAACAUUGUCAACAUCUCAGCAAAUAAAAGUGCAACUGUCAGCAGGUCUGGAUUCUGUUAGAGGUGUUCUCAGUCAAUACACACAGUUGGCUUAUUACUUCUCUCUGCUCUGCUUUCUGCUCGUCAUCAUCACUCUGCUCCAGACUUUCUGCCUGGUUCAGAUCACCUUCGUGUUCCAGUCGCAGUCGACCCUGCAGGAAACCAAAGUGAGACAUCUGACAAACAGACUGGAGAAGCUCAACCAGUCAUAUCAACUCCUGUUCUCCCAGUAUCCGGCUCUGAACCAGUACUGCCCAGUGAGCAACUCCACCACCGGUGAGCGAGUGUGCAGCCCAUGUCCAGCCAGCUGGACGCCUCAGGAGGAGAAAUGUUACUUGUUCAGUGAAGACAGGGGAGACUGGAUCAGCAGCCAGUACCGCUGCUUGACACUGGGGGGCACUGUGGCCAUAAUCAGGACAGAAGAGGAGCAGGUGUUUCUGUUUAAAAAGGCCCAAAGUUUGAGCCAAGGAGACUCAUACUGGCUCGGCAUGAGGAGCAGCGGUGCUGACGGAGGCUGGCAGUGGAGUGAUGGCUCCCUGGUGGAGAAGGGACUAGGGUUUUGGCUGCACGUGCCUGACGACACAGACAACAGGGAGCUGUGUGGUCGACUGACACCGGGAGACAACUACAAGACGAGCUGGUUCUCCUCCAAAUGCUCCAACCAGCUGAGGAGGAUCUGCGAGAGGAGACAAGCUACUCUGCAGUGA